CCAUGUGUGUCCAUGUGACCCUGCCUGGGGGAGAGGGACUUGCCAUAGCCUGUCCCAUUCCUGCCCUGCCUGCACUAGGAGCUCACUGACACCUGACUUACACCACACAGGUAAAUGGAUCACUAAGCCAGCUAGCACUUGAGUACAAAGCCCUGGCAACUAUGUCAAGAUAUUAGUAUAUCCUGUGUGUAAGAGAGUGUGUACAUGUAAUGACCACUAGCUGUCGGGGGUCCCAAUACUGUACAGAGUGAUUUUAUGUUCAGUACAACUUCAGAAGACAGCAGUGAGACAGUUUUUGUGGGACAAGGAUGGUAUGGAUUCAGUGAGCUCAUGGAUAUACCUAAACAUUAAAACACCGCACUCUCUCUCGAAACCUGAACAUCUGGAUAGCACCGGAAUCUACAGUGGGACAGUCCCUCCAGCUGAUAUUAACCUGGGAUGUGUUACAGCUGUGACAGUUAGUUCUAUGAGGGCAUAGAGGGUAUCUCCAGCUGAAAUCCCCUCAUGUUACUGUAGUUGUUGUGGUGACAAGUGUGCCCUGGGCUCCAGAAGAGUGGAUACUUUUUUCUCUUCAUCUGAACACCUGGAUACCUGCGUAAGCCCACUUGGGCACACUCCAUUGCUUCAACUGAAAAUGUUGUUGUUUUGACGACUGUCACAGUUUUCAGAAGCGGCCACAGGUUUUCAUGUAUUCUACUUUGUCUGAGUCUGAGAGCUUUUGUUGGUACAGCAUACAGUGAGUGUCAGUAGAUGGUGGAUACCUGGGCUGGUCAGGUGUGAAAUGUGUGUUACCUGUCACACAGUGUAUGGCCUGACUCGUUAGUAUGAUGUGGAUUCACCUGAGGAGCUGCAGGAAGGAGCUGUUAGAUGGCAGCUUGUGGGAUAUAUACGCCAGGACACUGCGUGAUAGCUCUCCUUUUGUGAUGUUUUCAUAAUGGUGACUUAAUUGACAUCGCCUUAUGAACGUCAUUUUUUGGUUGAAAUUUUUCAGUUUUGAUUUCAUGAUAGACAUGCAGGUAUAUUGGCAUCAGUGUGAACUUAGGCAACAGUAUGCCUUCUAAACUCUUUAAAUUUUUACGCCGGAGCAAAUUAAAGCGUAAGGCUUGUAGCACAGAUGCUCUUGCAGGGAACCCAAAUUUGUACAACUUUGAUGACAGUCUUAAGCGGUCACCCCCAAAUCCUAGGACUUUCUCAGAGAGGCGGCGUGCGUGUAGCUUUGGGGAAGGCAUUCAUACCCGCUACAGAAAUGGGCAUGCAAACGGCAGUGUGGACGAUAGCAUCAGCUCUGGAAAUAGUGGCUCAGCCUCCGCUAAUUCCCUGCUGACCAGGCGCAAUAAAGCCAAAUCUUAUGAUGUGAUACAAGUCACGGAGCUUGAGGAAGACUUCUCUGUCCCUUCCUCUCCUAUUCACUCUCUCUUGGAUGCAGCCGUUCGGCAAAGACAGUCCAGUCACCUCCAGCAUCCGUUUUUCCAGUUGGACAUUGUCUUAAGGGAGGGCAAGGACCUUGUGGUCAAAGACAGCUGUGGUACGAGUGAUCCCUAUGUCAAGUUCAAGAUCGGCACAAAGCAGUUCUACAAGAGCCGAACUGUGUACAAAAACCUCAACCCACGCUGGGACGAACGGUUUACCAUUCCCAUAGAAGAUGUUCUGAAGCCCUUACGGAUUAGCGUGUUUGACUAUGAUCGCGGUAUCAGCGAUGACCCCAUGGGAGGGGCAGAAUUGGAUCUCACCAGCAUCGAACUCAACACACCAAGUGACAUAAAGGUAGAGCUGAAGGAAAAGGGCAAGUCGGACUACAUGGGUUAUCUGCUCCUGAACUGUACCCUCGUGCCCAAAACCCAAGACGACAAGGACAAUUAUUUUAGGGAAGAAGAUACAUUCGUGUUUGAACGUUUCUUUUUCAACAAGAAGGGUUCAAAGUUGGGAGAGGCUGGGAAGAAGUCAAAGUCCCAGAUGUGGAACAGUGUUGUGACAGUGGUUCUGGUUGAAGGAAAGAACCUACUGCCCAUGGAUGACAAUGGUCUCAGCGAUCCCUAUGUCAAGUUUCGUCUAGGCAACGAGAAGUACAAAAGCAAGCAUAAGAGUAAGACGUUGAAUCCCCGGUGGCUGGAGCAGUUUGACCUGCGUCUGUUUGACGGUCAGACAAGCCAUCUGGAAAUCUCUGUGUGGGACCAUGAUGUAACAGGCAAGGAUGACCCCAUGGGCAGAGCUACGAUAGACUUGCAGAAUCUGGAGAAGGAAGUGACGCACACCCUGGAGGUGGAGCUGGAAGAUGGUGCCGGGAUUGUGAAGCUACUGGUGACGAUAAGCGGAACGACAGACUCUGAGACAUCAUCUGAUCUGGCCAACUUCACACCUAACCCCAAGGAGAGAUUAGACAUUGUCCGGAAAUAUGGAUUGGCCAAUUCCUUUAAACAAGUAAAAGACGUGGGCUGGCUCCAGGUCAAAGUGUUUAAGGCAUGUGGCCUGGCUUCAGCGGACAUCGGGGGAAAGAGUGAUCCCUUCUGUGUGGUAGAGUUAGUGAAUGCCCGUCUCCAGACUCAAACAGAGUAUAAAACCCUCAACCCAGAGUGGGCCAAAAUCUUCACAUUUAAUGUGAAGGACAUUCAUUCUGUGCUGGAAAUUUCGGUCUAUGAUGAAGAUCGAGACAAGAAAUGUGAAUUCCUGGGAAAAAUUGCCAUUCCAUUGCUCAACAUUAAAAAUGGGGAGAGGCGGUGGUACGCUCUCAAAGACAAGAAGUUACUACGCAAGGUCAAGGGGGCCAUUCAACUGGAGAUGGACUUUGUAUAUAACCAUCUGAAGGCAGCCAUCAGAACAGUGAAUCCAAGAGAGGAAAAAUUUAUGCAACCUGAACCAAAGUUUAAAAUAUCGAUCAUGAAACGAAACAUUGACCGAGUGUCCAAGAUUGCAGAAUCUUUUGUGGAAGGAGGAAAAUUUCUCCAAAGCUGUUUCGACUGGGAAUCUAAAGCUCGGAGCAUAUCUGCCUUCACAGUUUUCCUGAUCAUCGUCUCCUGUUUCGAACUCUACAUGAUUCCAGUGACAUUGCUCAUUGUCUUUCUGCAAAAGCUCAUCGUUGUUACUGUUGUUGGAGCUUUUGCUGGUGAGCCCUCAACUGAUGAUUAUGCAGAUGAUGAAGACGACGAUGACGAUGAUGAAAAAGAAAAGGAAGAAAAGAAAUCCUUCAAAGAGAAGUUACAGGCCAUCCAAGAGGUGUGUUUGCAAGUACAACAAGGAAUGGACAUGGUGGCUUCCAUGGGAGAGAGGGUCAAAAACACGUUUAACUGGACGGUGCCGUGGCUGUCCAUGCUGGCUGUAAUCGCCUUGUCGGCUGGCACUUUGGUCCUCUACUUCAUUCCACUGAGAUACCUCAUCAUGGCCUUUGGUAUUAACAAGUUUACAAAGAAGUUACGUGCUCCUAAUGCUAUUCCCAAUAAUGAACUGAUGGACUUCCUGUCACGUGUUCCGUCUGACAGUGAAUUGGUUCAGUUCAGAGAGUUGCGCCCUGACAUGGCCCUCAUCUCAGGAAAGACGAAAAAGAAAAUCUGAAGCCCUUUGUGUAAGGAGACAUGACCAUGGGAUGAGCAAUUCAGAGGUCCUCCGGAGACUUGACUGACUAAACAUCUUCUUGCUAACUAUGCUCAGUUUUGUGUGAUACGUCAUGAUGGAUGCUCAACUUGUCACUUUGACUGAUGCCUGAUUGUGGCUGCUAUGUGAAUAGGACAUGAAACUAAUCCAAGUGCUCAUUAGCAGUCUUUUAGAAACUUGUUAUGAUUUUGAAAGAGAGAAUGUUGAACAGCACCAUUUUGGAAUAAAGGAUGGUUUGAUGAUGAAAGCUAAUCUUUGAGUGUGUGAAAAAUGUCAGGCUUGAAGGGUUUUUUUCUGGAAUCUUGUUCUUCUCAGAAUAGAUUUACAUAAUUGUUUUAUUAUCAAAUCAGCUAUAUGUACAUGUUUUUGGAAUCUCCAUGGCAGCUGGUCUGAGUAAUUUACAUUCUAUAGGCAUAUUGUAUACAUACUUUUUAUCAUAAUGAAUUAUCCAACUUUGUAAUUACUGUAUUUAUUUUGUUCUGGUAUAUCACAGUUCAGAUAUUUGAGUUUUGUGCAACCUUUAAGUUAAUAGGGUAGCUGGGAUCACAGUUGACGACCUGAUAGUAAAGAUUUUUUAAAACAUGUAAAUACAUGUUUUUAUUGCUUAUUUACCUUGACUUCCAGUAAUCUAACACUCGGUUCCUAUUCCUAUUUUGGUAAACAAAGACAUUUUUAAUCAUAUUUCUGGUCUCAGAUGAGAGAUUUUAUAGAGAAGUGUAGUGGUAUGUCCUCAGUCCUAUAGUACCGGCAUUCGGUCUUCUGACAUACCGUCAGGGUGCGAUGCAAACUUUAAACCAGGUGCCUUACAUGCUAUUCACGUCUCAAAUUUGAAGGUUUCAUCAGAUGCUGGGCAUAAUUUAUUCUUUUUUUGUCAGUGAUUUUACCGUAGAUCACUAUAUGAUCGUGUGUUUCACUGACCUAGUGACAAGCGUGCAAUAUAUUAAUAAUUUUUGUCAUUCCAAUUCACCAUUCAGAGUGUUUGUUUUUGUCAUAGAGUGUCCUCAUUAUUAUUAAGGGUAAAAAGGUGUGUGAGAAAAGAUUUGGUGCUGGUUUCUGUGUAAUGCAUUUUUGUGAAAAUGUUAUGACUUUGAUUUCUAAUUAAAUUUUAAAUUUGUAAUUAUGAAUUUUGUUACUGCCAUAUCUCACUGAACUGGUUUCUAUGUGGUUGUUUAUUACAAAGAAAGCAGAACACAUGCCUGUACAUGCACUGACUACUGUUCACAGAACUAACUGGCAAUUUUUUUUUCAAGUGAACUGAUCAUUUUCAAAAUUAAUUCUAAAAAUGCAAUUUUUUACUUUAAGGUGGUCGCAGCUCUAUUUUGUAGUCUUUUAUGUUGUUAAGAAUUUAGAAGUGAAAUAAUUGUAAAAUUCAAUGAUCAUGACCAGUUUUAGUUCAAACAAUUUUUAAAACUUAAAUUCAUGUACUUUUCCUGUUGAAUGAAUUGUAAUAUGUAGAAUUACUAAAUGUCAUUCUAAGAACAGUCAUUCUUUUCUGUGUCUGUUUCAUUGUAAAAGUCAUAAAGCCCAGUUUGGCUUUAACCAUAAUCCUCAGCUGUUCUUCCUUUAUCCACAAUGACCAAUAGUCAUUCCAUAUUUUGUACAGUUUACGGAAAAAAAGUUUUAACGAAAAAUCAUUGGUAUGGAUCCUGAUUUUCUUUUAGAAAGGUAUUACUUUCUUAGAAGCUCAGUACAAAAUACUGGGUUUGAAUGAGAGUAAACAUUUCGCAUUUAUUUUAACUUUGUCUCCUAUCCACCAUAAAACCAUAGAACUUUCGCGCUUGUGUGUUGUAUUUGAACCAAGAAAUAACUAUGCAUAUCAUUCUGUGAUUCCUUUGUUUGAACAAAGCCAGCUUUGGUAAAUCCCUAGUGAACGAAUGUACACCGCUUAUGUGUAUUGAUACUGAGGAAUUGGAAUAUUAACCGUGUACAUAUGAUAGCAACUGUCCAGUUACCUGUAACAAUUCUCGUCAACCUUUUUCUCACUGAGAUCAUUACUACUGACAUAACAGAUAGAACUUGUGUAAUUCCAAGCUUUCACCUGAUAUAAUAGCUUUCACACACCUCUCCAAACGGAGCUGCAAAGCUUUUAAAGGCAUCUUUUACAACAGGUGGUGUAGCUUCAAAUAUUAUUGUAGCUGUGGUUAGGUAAAAAUCCAUUGCUCAGAAGUUUGGGUUCAUUAUUACAGGUAUCUGGUUCUUGUCAGACUACGUUCAAAAUAAUCUAAUUUUCUACCAUUUUCCCAAUGAAAUUUUUAUAAAAAGUUUAUGAAAUCGAUGCACAAAUGGGAUUAAAAGGUGAUUAUUCAAC